CUCUGGCUGGUCUAGGGACUGCAUCUCCCGCACCAUUUCCCCAGGCUUCCGUUCAACUUUGGUCAAAGAUCGACUUCCCGAUUCAUACAGCUAGAGCGUGCUCUGAGCAUCACCCUGAUGUCCCGAACCCUGCUAGAAUAGCCGCCAUGUUGUCUUGGGAGCCUGCCGGUGUGGGUUUAAGACCCUCACCCGCGCCGCUUCGUCGGAACUUCGCGUAGUUCAUUAUUCUAUUCUGACUUCUAGUCACACAGUUUGGCUCGAUAAUAUCUUACCUAAAGUUUUGUUCCUUUGCGUUAUCGGUUUUUAGGUAAAUGCGCGCGUCAAGAUGGUAUUGUCAAUUUUUGGCCAUGAACUUCGUUACCAUAGCCCAUGGGUACAAAACAUCAUCAGCGGAAUUGGUGUAGGUGCGUCCGCUGGAAUUUACGUUGCGCUCAACCUCCUGGGCGCCGGGGGCGGCAAGCCGAAUUCCGCACAAGUAGUGCAAGUCGUCAACGCAACGCUGUGCGCCGUCUGGUUCUUCUCUUCCUCUUUCGGUGGCUCCAUCUUGAACAAGCUGGGUCCUGGCCUGACCAUGUGCAUUGGAGUCCAGACUUAUGCUGUCUACGUAGGCUCACUCUGGUACUUUGACGAAACGGGUAAAACUGGGUAUCCAUAUGCUGCCGGGCCUAUCAUUGGUAUUGGGGCUGGAAUGGUAUUCAUCACUGCAGGUUACAUUUCCACGGCAUAUCCGGAAGAGAGCGAGAAAGGAUCAUACGCGACUAUCUUGAUGAACAUGCAAGGCCUCGGUUCUGUCAUCGGAGGCAUCAUUCCAGUCAUAAUCAACAAAGAUAAAGACACGGCAGCGGGAGUGCCUCGCGCCGUCUACAUCUCGUUCAUUGUGAUCAUGGUCAUUGGUGGACUGAUCACGCUUCUCCUGCUGCGUCCGCAAGAUCUGAAAAGAGACGACGGAUCCGUUGUUGCGGUGCAUCCGGCGCGAGGGGCAUGGGAAGAGUUCAGGUCCAAUUUGCUCAUCUUCAGCGAUCCUGUUCUGUUGAUCAUGUUACCUGCUUUCUUCCCAGCGGAGGGUUUCUUAGUGUACAGUGGCUCAGUCAACGCAUACCUCAACAGCCUCCGUGCACGUUCGCUCCUGUCCUUUAUUGCAGUGUGCUUGCAAAUUCCUGCUGGAUGGGCAUUACAAUGGAUCCUCGACCGUCCUCAGUGGGGUCGCCGCAAAAGAGGUCUGAUCGGACUGACUGUUGUCGCUGUUCCUAUGGUGGCAGCCUGGGUUUGGGAGAUGAUCCGCGUUCGAAAUUACAACCGGAGCAUUGCAGUCACCAACCCCACCGACUGGGAUGAGCCAAAGUUCGGCUGGAUUUUUGUUCUCUUCAUGUUGACUUGGGUGUUCUCCCAACUCUGGCACAACAUAAUAUACUACUACAUCGGCGCGCUCACCAACUCCCCCCAAAAACUAACCCACUACGUCGGCGUCUUCCGCGGGGUUCUGGGCGCAGGUGAAGCUGUUUGUUUCGGACUCGAUUCUACCAAGAUCCCUUUCCUCGCUGAGGCCGGCGGUAUUCUCCUGUUCUACGUGCUAGGGAUUGCGGGGCUCUAUUAUCUGGGUGUGACGAAGAUGCGGGAUACAAACUACGAUAAGAGGGAGACGGGGGCGGUGGUUCCGAACCAUGUGCUUGAAGGAAAGGGUUUGACAGAGGGGAUGGUGGGUAUUAUCGCUGGCAGGUCUGAAGCAGUGGAGGAUGCCGGGAAAAGCGAGGAGGGACGGAGAGGGGAGAAGGGCGCGGUUUAA